AUGGCUUAUACCAGUCCCCCCGCGCUUCCCCUGGAGCUCUGGGGCUUCAUUGAGGCACAUCUAUCCAAUGCCGACAUCAAAUCUUUGCGCCUGACAUGCAAGCAAUUCAUUCAUAUAGUGUCUCUUCGUUUCGAUCGUGUUUUCUUAUCCGCCAACCCCCUCAAUAUAGAGGUCUUCCGCAACAUUGCAUCACACGACAAGUACCGCCAUCAGGUCAACGAGAUUAUCUGGGAUGAGGCGCGCUUCCACCGGGGUCCAGCACGAAUAUCUAACACUGUUGAUGGGCUUGAGGGACAUGAAUUGCUCUCGGACGAAGAUGAACCAGAUAAUAAAAGAGAAUGGGCUGCGGAAUCCGAUCCGGAAUUCAGAGAGGAGAUCACCAAGCGCCAUCGGUAUGACAAGAGAAAUAGGUGUCCCAAAUGGUUCAAAAACGCUUGUUAUAGUUCCCUUUCGAAUGUGCGUUACCGGUUCCAUUGGGACGGCCAGGUCGCGCGCAGAUACCAGGCUUUCGACCAGCCUUUGCUGAGGGAGCACUGGCAACAUUAUCAGCAGUUGCUGCGUCAACAGAAGGAUGUUCUUGCCAGUCAGAGUGAUCUGGAAGCGUUCGCGUUCGGCGUUAAGCAGCUUCCUGCCCUAAAGAGAGUCACCAUCACACCCGCUGCCCACGGCAACCUCAUCACCCCGCUUUACCAGACCCCUAUGAUCCGUGCUUUCCCGGAAAAUUUUAAUUACCCCAUUCCUCGUGGUUGGCUGCACUCUAGAGACAUGGACGACGGCCCUGAUCCUGUUCUAUAUAGGUGA